GAACGUUCAAAGAUUAAUCACCACCUAAUGGUAUUGAAAUGCCAAAUGGACGAAGUGUUAAAUAAAGUGAACACAAACAAAAGCGCUCUCCAGAACACCAAGGAGGCUAUCAGUUUUGCAGAUACACAUACUGAAGAAACCACUUCAAAAAUAGCAGAUUUGGAGAAACGUAUCGAUUUCUUGGGCAGCGAACGACAGGUUAACACUGAAAGGAUGGCCUCUCUUGAAAGGAGAUUGACCCAAUUAGAGAGGGAAUUUCAACUCGAGAAAGAGGAAAAAAGGCUGCUGAAGUGGGAGAAAGAAGCAAUGGUGAAUCGUGUUACUGGACUGAUGUUGACCAUAUCUCGUCAGCAUGAUGAAAUUGACAGGCUCAAUGGACUUCUGGGGGCAAAGCCACCUGAUGAUGUGAUGACGGGACUGAGCAAGCCAUAUGAAGAAGUAGGGGCUAUCGUGAUCAAGAUAACUGGAGAUGAGGAUACUCCUGCAGGAGGGGACAAGAACGAUACCAAAGAAGCUGUCCAAGUCGAGGAAAAGUUCCAGACUGAGAAUUCCCAUCUGAAACGUCUGGAACUGGAGAUAGACCAGAUAAAGAAAAAACUUAGUCAAAUGGAAAAAGAAGGGUAUGGAGAUAAAGAUCAUAUUGUUCCCCCAAAGACAGACAAUCUGGAGUUCUUGCUGAAGAAAGAGACACAGCUUACAAUCAAGUCAUCUCCAAAAGAAGAUGGUGACGAAGGAGAUGAGGCCAUGCUCAAGAGACUGGAGGACAUUGCCCUCUCCAUGGACGAGAAGCCCAACGCCAUCCUUGACGACACCAGCAUUCAGGCUGAGGCAGGCGUGGCAGAAGACAGCACAGUUGUCCCUGAUCAUGAGACAGUCAUUCUGGAGGAAGAGAAGAGGGAGGAGCCUUCUAUCAAAGCAUGCCUAACUGAAGAGAUGCCAAACACCGUUCUCGUGGACACCGCCGGGGAAGACGCAUCUCCAAAACUUGGCCACUUGAAGGACGAGGAGCCAAAAGCCGACGUGGUGUUGGCAGCACAGCCCCAGGACGCCAAGGACAAGAAACGCUGCAAGAAAAGCAGGAAGGGGCGCAAUAAGAAGAAGGGCGUCUUCCGUUACCACUGCUUUUAA